UCACAGGGUCAUGUAUUACUUUCCGUAAUUUCCCUGACCGUCAUAUUCCAUUCUGGAAACUUCUUCAUUUUCCUUCAUCUUUCUAAACCCUCCAAGAAUCUCUCACUCGAAACUGAAAUAUCAUAUCCGCCACUCUACAGAAGGAAGAGAUGUUCAAGAAGACGGUCGAGGCGAAGUCGCAGCAACGACUUUCCGGCGCAGACCGGAAGAAGCUCCGGCGGACCAUCAGAGAGCGUUUCCCCAAUGCAUCCGAUGCUGAUAUUGAUACUUUACUUCCUCCUAAGGCAGAGUUCACAGUUUCAAAAUAUCCAAAUCGUAUUCUCGUAUAUGGUUUGGAGGGUGAUUGCCCUUUGUUUUUUGAUAUUGAUGGGAGAGGCAAUGAAAUAUUCCCCACAGUUUAUGCUCUGUGGAAGGUCCCAGGACUUUUGCCUGCUUUUGUGCUUAAGGGAGGUGAAGUUUCUCGUUUUGUGAUUGGGGGUGCAGACUUGAUGUUCCCUGGCAUCUAUGUUCCUGCUGAAGGGUUGCCAUUAUUCUCAGCUGGGGAGGCAUGGGCAGUGUUAGUUCCUGGAAAUCCUGCCCCUAUAGCUGUCGGGACUACUACCAUGAGCAGCACUGAAGCUUUAAAAGCUGGCUUGCGUGGAAAAGCUUUAAGAAUAAAUCAUUACUAUCGAGAUACACUUUGGGAAGCAACUGAAAAUCCAUAUGUGCCAAAUGCUGGCUUUUACGAAGAUGUUGUUUUUGAGGAUCCUGCUUUCAUAUCUACUUAUGAGGCCUCUGGAUCACAUGAAGGUGAUGAUUCAGUGGAAAAAGUAAAUUCCAUUGAUAAUGAAGGAGCUGCAGAUGCUGUGGAAGUCGAAGCCACUUCCUCUAGUAGUGGUCAUGCUCCGAAAAUACAAUCUGAUGUUACAAAUGAAGAGACUGAACAACUAGCUGAUGAUAUGGUUGGCUUGAAGGUGAUAGAGAAUGUCUCCGCAGAUGAAUUGAAAUCAGAUGAUCAACAUCCCCUAUCAGCUGCAGACAUAGAUGUACUACUAGACAAAUGCCUAUUGCAAGCUCUGCAUACCACUGUCAAGGAGAAGGACCUUCCUAUGCCUGGAAGUACAUUAUGGUCAAGUCAUGUGCUUCCCUGCAGGCCUUCAGGCAUAACAUUAGAUAUAAAGAAGUCUUCUUACAAGAAACUGUCCAAGUGGCUACAAGCUAAAGCUUCUGCAGGAUGGAUCACAGUAAAAGAAGAUAAGCAUAAGAAAGAGGCCAAUCUGUUUUCAGUUAACCGAAAACAUCCAGAUUACAUGUGCUUUACGCCAGAGAAGAAGAAGCCUGAGAAGACUGGGAAAUCCAUUAAUGAUGGUUCUAAUGAAGAGCAGUCAUCCAAACUAUUGGAAGUAGCUGAAAUUUAUAAACCUACUGUCUAUGUUAAUCCAAUUUUUGCUGCUGUAGGAGUGAAUUUGGAUAAACUGUUCACUGCAUCGGAAACUUCUGAAAUAGUUUUCCAGUAUGUUGAGAAAGAAAGACUUGUUAAACCAACAGAUAGGUCUGUUGUCAUUCUUGAUGCAACCUUAUGUGACGCUCUAUAUAAGGGAGCAAUAAAAAAGGGAUCAACUUAUCCCACUGAAAUUCAUAAGAAGGAUUUAGGGUUAACUUUUAUGAACCGAAUGCAAGCCCAUCAUAGAGUUACAAGAGGUAAUGAUUCAGCUGUUCGGAAAGGUGCUUUGAAGCCUAUUCAGAUCAUGACAGAAAGAAGGCAAGGCAAUAAAAAAGUGACUAAGCUUUCUGGGUUGGAGUCAUUUUUGAUAGAUCCUGAGGUAUUGGCUUCAGAGCUGCAGAAGAAAUUUGCUUGUAGCACCUCUGUGACAGAACUUCCAGGUAAAAAGGGUCUAGAAGUUCUUGUACAAGGUGGUGUUAUUGAUGAUGUUGCAAGAUAUUUGGUGGAACAAUAUGGCAUCUUAAAGAGGUAUAUUGAAGUUUAUGAUAAAACAAGGAAAUAAGUGCUGAGGUGAGAAAUUGAAGUUGAUGUCUCUCACAGAAAGAUAUCACGAUGACAUGGAGAUGCUAAUAAUACUUGAGAGGGUGUCAUCAGUCAUAUAAUCAGUUUACUCUCCCAGGGUCUAACCAUGCUCAUGCUUUUGGUACAGGGGUUGGAGCUUUGGCUAUUUUGUUGCAAAUACUCUACCAUACCUCUUUCUUGCAUGCAUGCAUGCAUGUAGUGUAUAUGCUUUGGCUUUUGGCAGCAUACUUGGUCAGUGAGAUGAAAAUGAACUACUUAUUUCUUCCCUGUUCAUGCUUGUUAUAUUGAUACAACAUGAAAAAAAUUUUGUUCUUGUUAUUUGUUUCUCUAAGUAGUUUGAUUAUAUAAUCAUUUAUGGACAAGUUCAUUGACGCUGAUUUACUAUUAUUCCA